GAGCUGAGAAAGGCAGGGAUCUGCCUGCUCUUUACCAGCAUGUUACAGUGGAUCAGACCUGGAAAAGAUUGUCGAUAAUGUUAAUUUUGUCGCUGUGAGGAACUUCAAAUUAUGGAGAGUUUGGCAUUGGCAGGUGGCACAUCUAUGCACAGCACAAACACCAUUGUCCGUGCUCUGGAGGGAGAGCAAGACAGGAACUUGGAGAGGGAAGAAACAGAGCAGGGAAUGUGCAGGUGUGACUGCAAACAUGUGGAGAGCAAUGGUGCCAUCAGCACUCUCAGGGAUGCAGUUGGGAAGGACACGUUGCAAGAACAAGCAGAGUGUUCUCCAAGUGAAAAAUGCAUGAAUGUCAGUUCAAGGACCCUUCCCAGUCAGGCAGAGAAUUUUCCAACUGAUAUCUCCUUGAAGCUAACAAUGGUAAAAAGAAAGAGUGGGUGUCCUGAUCCCAGGCUCCAAAGACAGCUCAGAGGGCAGCUCCGUCUUCUGGAAAAUGACAGCAAGGAGGUGAUGACUGUCUUCAGUGAGCUUUCUGCCAGACUCCUGUCUAUUCACAGUGAUCAAGAUCUAAUAGUGGUGACAUUUAAAACUUUUGAAGAAAUAUGGAAGUUUCUAACCUACCACUCACUGGGUUUUAUAAAUCAUUGCAUGGAGAAUUUAUUCCUAGACCAGUCUUUCUGGCUAUAUUCCCAAGAGGAGGAAGACGCAGGCAUUGAAGUCUGUAUAAAUGAAAAAUCAUUAAAUUUGAUGUACAGAAGUCUGCUAGUACAGGAAGGAUCUUUUUUUGUUUUAUAUCCUGAUAAUACAAUACGAAAGAUGAUGGUUACAGAAAAUGAAACCACUUAUUUUGAGGCUGGGGCUUUUACUGAAGAUGUAACAGGUGGAUCUGUGGAUAGUGACAGGCCUUUGUGGUCUAAUGCUUCUCUGGAGCCAUUGGAGCCUUUCCAUCAAUGGUUUCUUAAAGGGUAUUCUAAUCCCAUUGAUUUUUCCUACAAAAAUGAAUCUAAAUCCAUCAGAAAAGUUGCAAUGGGAUCCUGUCUAGCUGUGAUGAGUUAUGAAAGUAUUGUGUCAGAAGAGCUGAGUUUCCAGGAAGGGGACAAAAUUGAGAUCCUUGGUUACUUCAUUGAAUGCAUGGAGUGGUUUCUUGGAAGACAUGUGUUUACUGGCCAAAUAGGUUUUGUGAAGACAAGUCAUGUUAAACUGGACUUAUCUAAAAAUAAUGAGCUCCUUAAGCCAAAUCUGCUUUCAAGCACCUUCAUAGUUAUUCCUUUCCUUGCUAGACCACAAGAUUUGGAUUUUCUUGAAGCAGAAGAGCUAUCAUUUUUUUCAAAAGAAAAAAAUUUGGAAGAAGUAGUGGAUUUGUUGAAACAAAUCUCCAUCACAGAUGUUUGCUCUGUGUACAGAAUAGAUGAAUUAGAAGAACCUGAAUUUCAGAAAGCUCAUGAAUGUGAAAUCCCACACUCACCUUCUAGCCCAGGAUCCACUAGCAUGAAUGGCAAGAUAGAAGAAUUGCUAAAGAACUUCAAGAAUUUGGAGGCCACUCAAGCUCAAGACCCAGCUGCUGAAGGGAGGGAAUCUGCUGGCUCUUCAAAGACUGAAAUAUUGCCUCUACCCGAAGUGCCUUGUUUCCACAUAUGUCAAGAAGAUAUUAAAGCAUCUGACAUCUUUGAGCCAUUGUUACUCUUCUUAAAUAGGAAAGAGUAUGAGAGCAACUUCAAAAGCUUGUAUGAUUUCUCUUAUUCAUUUACUAGUAGCAUGUUUUAUGGAUUUUCAGAAGAAGAAGAACUGGUUAGUUUUUUAAGUUUAGCAAGGGAAGCAGCAAAGAAAGCAGGCCUAUCCUGGGCACUAGCAAGGCUGUGCUUUCUCUUAGGCAGGCUCAGUGUCAAAAAGCUGAAAUUUUCCCAAGCUCGGGUGUAUUUUGAGGAAGCAUUGAGAGCAGUAGCUGGAGGGUUUAGUGAUUUGUACUUUGUGAUUGCUCUUUAUACAAAUCUAACCAUCAUCUACUUGACCCAGAAGAACAAAGAAAAGUGUACUCAUAUUUUUGACAAGGUUGCAUCUCUUCUCAUGGGAAUUCCCAACUACAUUUGCAGUGCUGACCAGGAGUCAGACAUACUGAAGUAUGCUCUGAAGAGGACAGUUUUGAGCCAGAACAAACAUGCAGAGGCAAGGGCGUGCUUUCUGCUGGCAAAACAUUACAGUGCACGCAAACAGCACCAAGAGGCACUGCCAUUCUUGGAAAGGUUUCAGCUGUUGCUCAAUCACCUGGGUUUACAAAACAGUGUAUCCAACAACUGUUACUUCAAACUGGCAGAGUCCUACCAUGAAAAGUGUUUGCCACACAUUGUAUUAAGUUGCAUAAAGGUUACCUCUCCCCAGAACUCCAGUACCUUAAUGGAUUCUCUGAAAAGGAUUGAUUUAGCAAUCAAAAAUGCACCCAAACUAUAUGGCCUGAGAAAACUCAGACAAAUAUUCCCAUCCCAAAUUACACCUUACCUCAUACAGGCACUUUCUUCUGUGUUUACUAAUGAGGAGGAAGGACUGUGCAGCACUAUCUAUCUCAGCUUAGCAAAGCUGUACAGCCACCACAAACAGUACAGAAAAGCCAUUGCUUAUAUGAUGAAAGCACUGGACUCUGCUUCUGCUAAGCCAGAGGAAACGAUCAACUAUUUGGUUUCACUUGCUUGGCUAUAUAUUCUUUACAAGCAAUAUGAUGUGGCUUUAGCCAUUUUAAAUACUGUUGUAGGCUCUGCAUGGAGCAAUGCUCAGCAACUCGGCAUUGCUUAUAACAUGCUUGCCAUUGCUUUGAGAAGGACAAACAACACCAGAGAAGCUGCUGAGAGCUACUACAAAGCACUGUGUCUGUCAGAAGAGACUGAGAUGACCCAAAACCAAGCCAUAGCCCUGGCUAAUUUUGGGGCACUCUGCCUGCAUGCAGCAGCCAGCAAGCUGGCAGAACAUUAUUUUAUCAGGGCAGUUAAGCUAUUCUCCAAGCUUCCAAUUAUGGACUGUGGUCAAGACUUUAUCCAAGUCCUCCUUCAGCUGGGAUGUUACUAUGUUGGUGGAACUGAAAGAGAGAAAGGAAGGUUUUACUAUGAAUGGGCUUUUUUAGUUGCAAUGGAGACAAGUCAUCUGGAGAGUCAACUACAAGCAAUUAAACUUCUGUGUCAGUUCUAUAGUACAGUUGCUCCCAAUGAGACUCAAUGUGUCAUCUACAAUGAAUAUCAGCUAUCUUUAGCCAGAAAGAUGUCCAACAAAGUUCUGGAGGGACAAAUUUUGGAAACCAUUAGUCAGCUUUAUUUGUCUUUAGGAACAGAAAGGGCCUACAGGUCAGCUCUGGAAUAUACCAAAAGAAGCCUUGGAAUAUUUAUAGAUCUCCAGAAAAAAGAGAAGGAGGCAUAUGCUUGGCUCCGGGCAGGAAAAAUAUAUUAUGUUCUGAGGCAGAAUGAGCUUGUGGAUCUUUAUAUUCAGGUUGCUCAGGAUGCUGCUCUUUGCACAGGAGAUCCAAAUUUAGGAAUGGAAUUGUUUGAAGCUGCUGGAGACAUAUUUUUCAACGGUACUUUGGAAAAGGAGAAAGCAGUGCCUUUCUACAGGGACAGGGCUCUCCCACUUGCUGUUCAGACUGGCAACAAAACCACUGAACUCAGAUUAUGCAAUAAAUUGGUGGAAUUGCUGAUGAAUCUGAAGGCUUAUGAGGAAAGUCUGGAAUAUGCGAGAGUAGCUCUUGUCCUCAGUGUAAAUUUAGGAAAUCAGCUAAAUGAAAGAAUAGCCUAUCAUCGCCUGGCAGCCAUCCAUCACCAUUUGGGUCACUGUGAACUAGCUGAACACUUCUAUUUAAAGGCCUUGUCCCUAUGUUCCUCUCCUCUGGAAUUUGAGGAGGAAACACUCUAUUAUGUCAAGGUGUACUCAGUUUUAGGAGACAUCAUAUUCUAUGACCUUAAGGAUCCCUUUGAUGCAGCUGGCUAUUACCACUUGGCACUUGCUGCUGCCAUGGACCUGGGCAAUAAAAAAGCUCAGCUGAAGAUUUACACCAGACUUGCUGUGAUCUACCAUAACUUCCUCGUGGAUCGGGAAAUGUCUCUCUUCUUCUACCAAAAGGCAAGAACCUUUGCAACAGAGCUGAAUGUAAGGAGAAUAAAUCUAGCUCCUGAUCAGUGUUACAAGAGUUUAUAAGCAUUUUUGGAAAAUGCAGCUCAACUACUUCAGAAGUACCUAAGGAAAUGCUGCACUGGCUUUGUAGGAGGAUGCAGGCUGCAUUCAAUGACUCAUUAUCUGUGUGCUCCUCAUCUCAGACUAAAUUACCAGUUUAUAUGACAGUGAACUACAUUUCAUUGUCUUUAAGAUACACAGUCUUGUACUUGUUGUUUAAGGAUCAGUCUGUGGACUACAACCAAAAUCUAAAAGUCUCUUUUUUAAACAACAAUUUUCUUUGCUGUAUCUUUCUGCCUUGAUAGAUAUUGGAAAAUGAUUAAUGCAGAGAUGCAAUGUUAAAUAUUUAAUAAAGUGUUACAGAAGAAAAACCA